AUGGUGCUCCCACAGGAAUGGCCUCCUAUUUCCAGCUUCCAACCUUCGACAUUCGUCAAGGCCCAUAGAUCCCCUUGCAAAUACAUCAUUUCCCACCAAAGUUUGGGGUCCGGAUCGUUCUCCGAAGUCCACGAAUGCAAACACAUCGAUACUCACGCCCAUUACGCGGUCAAAGUGAUUAAGAAACUCGACAGUAAAGUGAAAUUGAUUCAGAACGAAUUCAAGGUCCUCUCGCGGAUCUCCCAAUCAAAAAGUGCCAACAACGAGGGGCAGAAAAGUCUUCUUAGACUCCGUGAUUACUUUGAAACCGACGAUAACUUGUACCUCGUCACCGAUUUGGCGGUUGGUGGGGACUUGUUCGAUAAGCUUGUCAAUGAAGGACUGUAUGAUAAAGAAUCAGACGGGCUCAGGAUCGUCAAUUCGUUGGUGUGUGGAUUGUUAUUCUUGAAACAGAACAAUAUCAUCCAUCGUGAUAUCAAGGCAGAAAACAUCUUGUUCAAAUACAGCAGCACCCGAUUCGAGAUUUUGAUUGGGGAUUUUGGAUUAUCGACAUUUGCCAAAGACGAAGAUCACAUUCACCAGGCGUCGGAUUUGUCGAACAUUUUGUGCGGGACCCUUAGUUAUAUGGCCCCAGAAAUCUUGGCUCGACAACAGUACAGUUUCCCCAUUGAUAUUUGGGCAUUGGGAGUGUUGAUGUACUUUAUGUUUUGCGGAUACAUGCCAUUUGAUUGCGAGACCGACGAUGAAACCAAGCAGGCCAUUGCCACUGGUGAUUACACUUUUGAUCCUCCGGAAUACUGGGACCACGUAUCACACGACACCAGGGACAUCAUUAGCAGUUGUUUUGUGGUUGAUCAACUGGAUAGAGUGACACUUGAAGCGCUUUCCCUGAACCCAUGGUUGAAGAAUUUGGGAAAACGAAUCGGAACCACAAUUGCCGAGGAUACCGAAUCGUCGAUCGAUGAUAGAUUAUCUCCUUCCAGUAUCAUGGAUCAUCAUCACCGCUUGCCUUCUAGCAUGGAAACCCUGCCAAAUGAGGAAGAUGAUGACGAAGAAGAAGAUGAUGAUGAUGACGAGGAAAGACAACUUGCCUUAGAUCGAUUAAGAGAAUCUUUACGCGGUAGUCUCAAACCUACCACUACCAUCACUACUGAUAGUAAACCACACAAGCCGAUUUUCACUCUUAUGGAUAACGAUGAUGAUUCGUAUGCGUCUCCAACGAUUCGUCGACCAGAUAUCGUCACCACAAACUUCUCUCCAGCAGCAUUGGAUGGGCUCAUGAAGAAAUCGUUCAGUUAUACUCUGUUGAGAGAUGCCCACCGGUAUAAAUCCUCGAGCACCACCUCGUUGAAAGAACUACUUAAUUUGAACAAUGCUAAUCAUCCAAUGAAGCUGGCAUCGACGAUGGCUCCGGUAAGAAUGAACGGGGCGGUGUCUGUGGAGCCAGCGGUGCUGAAAAGUUUCCGUUUGGCAUCAUCGUACUCGAAAUCAAGAAUCAAUUCGACGUUCAACAGUAUCAAUCCAUCAAGAAUCAAUUCGCGGAAUCAUUCAUCAAGCCAUUCAAGGGUGCAAUCCACCACGCAUUCGAGAAGUGCUUCAAGAGGGGCGUCUCGAAGACAUUCUCGAGAGCAUUCCAGGACCCAUUCAGCAUUGCAAAUGCCUUUUUCUUGA